UGACGCACACGAGGCAAAUGGCGGCGUCUGGUCAGAUGAAGAGGAGCAGUCACAGUAUGGAUAAAAGCAUAAUUCUGCCUCCGGAUGAAAUUUUUCGAAAUCUUGAGAAUGCCAAGAGGUUCGCUAUAGACAUAGGAGGCUCUUUGACAAAACUUGCAUAUUAUUCUACAGUUCAACACAAAGUAGCCAAAGUACGGUCCUUUGACCACACUGGAAAGGAAGCUGUCGAUGAGCCUCUAUAUGAAAUUUCAGUCCAAGAAGAAGUAACAGCCCGUUUACAUUUUAUUAAAUUUGAGAAUGCCUAUAUUGAAACCUGUUUGGAUUUCAUUAAAGACCAUCUUGUCAAUACGGAGACGAAGGUCAUCAAGGCUACUGGGGGCGGGGCAUAUAAAUUCAAAGAUCUUAUUGAAAAGAAGCUUCAGCUGAAAGUUGACAAAGAGGAUGAAAUGUCCUGUCUCAUCAAAGGCUGCAACUUUGUUUUAAAGAAUAUACCCCAUGAGGCCUUUGUAUAUGUGAAGCAUGCAGAUCCUGAAUUUCGUUUUCAAACUACACAACCAGACAUUUUUCCUUAUCUUCUUGUUAAUAUUGGUUCUGGAGUGUCCAUUGUAAAGGUUGAAUCGGAAGACAAAUUUGAACGAAUUGGAGGAAGCUCAAUUGGGGGAGGCACUUUUUGGGGACUUGGAGCUUUACUCACAAAUACCAAGAGAUUUGAUGAGCUUCUACAGCUAGCUUCCCGGGGGCAGCAUGCCAGUGUUGAUAUGCUGGUGAAAGACAUCUAUGGUGGUGGAUAUAGCUGUCUUGGCUUAACAGGUGACCUCAUUGCUAGCAGUUUUGGCAAGUCAGCCACAGAAGACAGAGAAUUCUCCAAGGCAGACAUGGCCAAGAGUCUGCUGCAUAUGAUCAGUAAUGACAUCGGCCAGCUUGCUUGCCUGUAUGCCAAGCUACACAACCUGAACAGAGUAUAUUUUGGGGGCUUCUUCAUCCGGGGACACCCAGUGACCAUGCACACCAUCACGUACAGCAUAAAUUUUUUCACUAAGGGUGAGGUGCAGGCACUAUUUCUGAGACAUGAAGGUUAUUUGGGAGCAAUAGGGGCAUUCUUAAAAGGAGCAGAGGAGGACACAGAUCCUAACCAGUAUAGCUGGGGAGAAAAUUAUGCUGGCAGCUCCGGGUUGAUGAGUGUUUCUCCUGAACUAUACCCCAUGCAGCGAACCCGUAGUGGAACGUUUCCUUUUGACAUGUUAGAAAUGGAUAGGCUUGACCGUCAACUGGUUAACCUUCCACUGUUGCUUGACCCUUCUUCAUAUAUUCCUGAUACGGUGGACCUAACUGAAGAUGCUAUGGCCCGUGAAUACUGGCUCUCUUGUUUCGAGGAAGCACUGGAUGGGGUGGUGAGCCGUGCAGUUGCCAGCCAGCCAGACCUUACAGAUGCUAAGGAAAGAGCUGAGAAAUUCAGCCAGAAAUAUCAACACAAAUUGAAGACACUGCGGCAACAGCCCUUUGCUUAUGGGUCUUUAACGGUGCGGAGCCUUCUAGACACAAGGGAGCAUUGCCUCAAUGAGUUCAACUUUCCUGACCCCUAUUCAAAGAUAAAGCAGCGGGAGAAUGACUGGGCAUUGAAGUUCUUUCAUAAAGUGGUAAAAUCCCUUGAGAGUCUAAACUGGGAAGAAAGGCAGUUCUCACUAGUCAAGGGGUUGCUGGCUGGUAAUGUGUUCGAUUGGGGUGCCAAGGCAGUGUCAGACAUUCUGGUGACAGAUCCAGAUUUUGGAUUUGAGGAGGCAAAGCAGCAGCUUCAAGAGCGUCCAUGGCUGAUUGACACAUAUAACAAAUGGAUUGAGAGAUUAAAGGAGAAGAAGAAGAGAGAGUUUGAAAUUUCUGGGAACCCAUAUCAGUGAUGACCUCACAUGCACAAUCAACUCCACGGUCCUAGUUAAAAAGGCUCAGCAGCGGCUCUGUUAUUUAAAGACACUUAAGAAAACCAACUUGGCUCUGGAGCUGCUUAUGUCCUUUUAUCACUGUCCUGUUGAGUGUUUCAUUAUACUGUAUUAUAGCGUGGUAUGCCAACUGCUCAGCAGCAGACAGAAGGCCAUUACAGAGGGCUGAAAAGAUUAUUGAACUUCCUCUGCCCUCACUGGGGAAUAUCAUCCUCGCAGAGCUAGCUACAUCUGGAGGGAUACAACUCACCACUGCCAUCACUUGUUUUCCUUGCUGCCAUCAGGUAGGCACUAUAGGACCCUAAAGACUCACACUAAAAGACCCAUCACUGAACUGGACUCCAGCUCAGAACUGUAUGUCUUAGUAUAAAUGUUUUACUUACAUCUUGUGUAAAUUAAUUCUGGUGUAAACUGUGAUGACUUUUUGGGGUGACUAGAUAAUAUACACAUCCUAGGGACGGCACUGCAUAUUUCGUUGUCCAAGAAAUGGCAGUAAAUGUAUUGAUUCAUUCAUUCAUAUAUAGAAACAUCUUCUCAUGUUCCAGUAAAUGCCUCCCAACUCCUUGGACAGUGUUUAAUUCUGCAGCAAGAUAAUGACCCUAAACUGCUGAGGCAAUGCAAGUGUUUUUCAAAGCUAAAAAAUGGAAAGUUCUUCAAUGACCAAGCCAGUCACCCAAUUUAAAUCCAAUUGAGAAUGCCUUUAAUACUCUGAAGAGAAAACAUUAGAGGACAAGCCCCCAUAACAAACAGGGGCUGAAGAUGGCUGAAUCAGAGGGUUGUCAGAAUAUCGCCAGAGACCAUACUCAGCACCUGGUGAUGCUCAUGAAUCACACAAUUCAAACAGUCAUUGCAUGCAAGGGAUAUGCAGCAAAGUACAGUGGGACCUCAGUUUGUGAGCAUAAUUCUUUCCGGAAACGUGCUUGUAAUCCAAAGUACUUGUAUAUCAAAGGGAAUUUCCCCA